AUGGAAUUAGCUAACUCAAGCACAGGCAAGAAAUUGCGUCAAUUGGAAAUAUUUAAAGCUUAUGCUAAACCUAAUGGAAUUUCAAGCGGGAGAAACGAGCUAGUACUUAAUUAUAAUGACUUUAUUGACUUGCUAUUAAACUUUCGGUCGACAUAUUCUAAUUUUGCAGGUGGCAGGUAUAAUCUAAAUGAAAUUCCCAGAAAUGUGUUUGGCUGUAUUUUCUUCGCUAUGGAUGAGAACAACAAAGGAUACCUUAAUUUGAAUGAUUGGUUUCAUUUCAAUAACAUUCUCGAGUAUGAAGGCUACCAGUACAUUAUAUUGUUUGAGUUUUUUAGGAAAUUCGAAGUUAAGCGGCCCCUGGGGGAGGCCAAAUCAAUUAAUUACGGUAACAAGUUUCUGACAUUUGAUGAACUCUAUCUUAAUGCAGAACAGUUUCGCGCUACCCUUGGGCUUUUGCAUGACUGUGUUACUGAUCAGUUUAUAGUUUCUAACGAUCUAUUUCUGGACUGGAACGGGUUUGAGUGGUUUCGAUGGUACGAGGUUUUUCCUCGCGGGUCUUCUGCGUUUGGGCCUAGUAUUUCCCUCAAUUCGAUCAUAUGUAUGAUACAAAACGAUAUCCGUGAAGAAAAGUUACGGCUGGGCUUCAAUGCUUUGGCUUACAAGGAUGUGCAAUCUAAAUCUACGCUGAUUAUGAAGGAUGACCUCAUUUCUUUAAUGAGGCUAUUUUAUUCGCAUCGAGUACCUGUGGGCGUGUUCAGUUCGUUACAGUUGGCAGCCGCCUCCAAUAGUGGAAUACAGAGCGGAACCGCUGUGAGCUACACGGUUUUCCGGGACUUAUUCUUUCUAUUCCAUAAUUUUGAUAUUUUGAACCAGCUUGUGCAUAACUUUGCACAAGCUCAUGCGUUUACUGCGAAGGAGGUCAGGGAACGACCAAUUACAAAAAAUAAUUUACUUUCAUUUCUAAAUGUUGAAUACAAUAAAGUGAAUAACAUUAUUGACUUUACACCAACCCAGUUGUCUUUAUUGUUUUCCGUGGUUUCGCAGUUCAAGAAGUUACCUGAGCAAGAUGCAAAUGUACCACAAGAGCAGAAGGAUUCCAUCAUAGAAAGUUUUCUCCAAGAAGAGUACUUACAAGGUGGCACCAUUGGUGAAGGUAAGUUUCAAAAGUUUAGGGAAGAUUGCAAAGAUAUUAUCAGUGACAAUGUUACAGAUAAAAAUGAAGAGAAUAUAUUCUCGCGGUAUUUGAGACUAAUUCCUUUCCUUAAGAGCAAACUCGUUCAGACAACAUCUGAAAUCCAUUCUCAUGAUAAUAUUACAUUGGAAGAUGUUAUGAAGAUCGUGAAUCCUAACUAUUUGCAUGACGUCGUACACCGACUAGAACUAAAACGAAUUCAGAAGGAAACAAGGAACUCCAACAUGUACCUCUAUCCUGUAUGGGACUCUAUCUAUAAUUUCUUUUUCGGUUCCAUUGCUGGCUGUAUUGGCGCUACUGCUGUAUAUCCAAUUGAUAUGAUUAAGACUAGGAUGCAAGCCCAGAGAGCGAAUUCACGGUACAAGAGCUAUUUGGACUGUAUGGUCAAAAUCUUCUCAAGGGAAGGUAUUCGUGGAAUGUACUCUGGAUUGGGUCCACAACUAAUUGGAGUGGCGCCUGAAAAAGCCAUCAAGCUAACGGUGAAUGACUAUAUGCGUGAGGCACUAACCAGUAGAAGUGGGAAAUUAUCGUUUCCUAGUGAGGUACUGGCUGGUGCCUCUGCUGGCGCCUGUCAGGUUAUGUUCACAAAUCCGUUAGAAAUAGUGAAGAUUCGUUUGCAAGUUAAAUCCGAAUCUACCACUUCUCCUACAAAGCAUAUUAACGCUCUUUCCAUUGUGAGGUCACUGGGAUUCCGGGGAUUGUAUAAAGGUGCAGGUGCAUGUCUACUAAGAGAUAUCCCUUUUUCAGCCAUUUACUUUCCUUCUUAUGCUCAUUUUAAAGCUGAUAUUUUUCACUUUGAUCCUAAAGAUUCAAAUAAGAGAAGCAGGCUAAGCACUUGGCAAUUACUAGUUGCUGGUGCUCUGGCUGGAAUGCCUGCUGCAUUUCUAACUACGCCAGUGGAUGUUGUAAAAACGCGAUUACAAAUUGAACCCAGGAAAGGUGAAUCCAUGUAUAAUGGCAUAUGGCAUGCCUUCAGAACAAUUUUUAAGGAAGAAGGUUUACGCAGCUUUUUUAAAGGUGGUCCAGCCCGUGUCUUAAGGUCUUCUCCGCAAUUUGGUUUUACUUUAGCAGCAUAUGAGAUUUUCCAAAACAUAUUUCCGACCCAGUCUGCAACUAAUAACGAUAAUAAUAAUAGGAAUGAUAACUCACCAAAAAUGAACAGCAUUUUCCAACCACUAAAAGACAGUCUUGCAAGUAUAUUUCCAGUUGAGAGCAACCAAGGUUUAUCCUCCGAUCUAUAUGGCCCUACGCUGAUGCCAUAUAGAAGGAAUUUCUUUAAUUACUACAAUAAGAGUUGCGAAACCGCAAAAUUAUUUAUGGAUCUUGAUUAUAGUUUUGCGAAGUUUGAUUAUAACGCUUAUCAACGAUUCCACUCCGUGUUAAAAACCAUGAACUCUAAUAAUCGCGACACCUAA